UUCAUAACACCAACUUAUCAUUUAUCCAGUCUCAUAAAAGGGAGCCGACUUACAUAUAGUCAAACACAUCCUGACCAGGAUCUCUGUACACAGUGGAAGAAACUGAUGCAAUGCCACUCCUUAUAACUAACUAAGGGCCACCUUUUUUUCUCUCUCCUCAGCACCAGUGAGAUGGGAUGCUGCGCUGCAGAGAGAGACUCAGCCGGCUGCAGCGGUGAAGGCUCACUGAGAGGAGACUGAACCAAACCUCCGUCCGCCACGACGCACGGCACCGGCACGGAGCUCCCUGAAGUGGACGCAGAGGUCUGACGCCCGAGAGAAGGUGGAGAGAAAAGAAACCCUCGAUAUCGACCGAAAUCUACCUGUUUCCUGCUGGUUUUAGUUGGAGAUGUGCUGUUUGCGCUGGCGAACCAGAUAGAGCGAGGACCCGGACUUCACUGGAUAUUGUUCACACCGCUGCCAUUCCGCCGUUUGGGUCGGGAGACAGAGGCAAGUACGGCGGCCACCGCGACCCAGAGCAGCCGGGAGAGGAAAGAAAACACGAAGGGGAGGACGACUUUUUGUAUUUCUGCACAGCUUUAAUGAAGAAGCAGACCUGCUAACAUUCUUGCAGAAGGGACCCUCUUCAACAAGUAUGGGGUCACCAUGGAAACCAUUUCUCCUCCUGUCUGUCAUCAGUGGCCUUUCAGAUUUUGCAAGAGCUGUUGCAGCGAGGCCUAUAUCAUAUGCAGCGGUAUUACGAAUGAAACCAGACAGGUCUUCGUCAGUGCUCAGCCCUCGCAGCAUACCUCGACAACACAGCAGCGGUGGGCUGGUGACUCCUGACUGGCCUGCUUUCUCCAGUCACCCCCUGUCAGCCCUGAGUCUGCUCAGCUCUCAGGAGGACUACAGGAGUGAAGAAAGUGAAGAGUUUGGACCUGUUUUUGUCCAGGAACCAGAUGAUGCUAUUUUUCCUCUGGAUUCCGAUGAAAAGAAAGUGGUGAUGCACUGCGAGGCACGAGGGAAUCCACCACCCACAUACAGUUGGUACAUCAAUGGGACAGAAGUUGAUUGGGAUGCAGAUUACCGCUACAGCUUUAUUGAUGGAAACUUAAUUAUUGCCAAUGCGAGUGAAAUCACUGACUUUGGGAAGUACCAGUGUAAAGCAGUAAACAGCUUUGGGACGGUCCUAAGUCGCGAUGCUCUUUUACAGUUUGCAUAUCUUAGAGCUUUCAGUCCGAAGACCCGAGGUGGAGUUUCUGUGCGUGAAGGCCAAGGUGUGGUCCUCAUCUGUACCCCUCCUCCUCAUUCACCAGAUUAUGCUCAAACACAUAAUGCAGAGAUCAUCUACAGCUGGGUGUUUAAUGAGUUCCCCUCUUUUGUUGCUGAGGACAGUCGGCGCUUCAUCUCCCAGGACACAGGAAACCUUUACAUCUCGAAGGUGCAACCCUCUGACGUAGGAAGCUACAUCUGUCUGGUGAAGAACACAGUGACGAAUGCAAGAGUUCUAAGUCCCCCAACACCUCUGACACUGAAAACCGACGGUGUCAUGGGUGAAUAUGAGCCCAAAAUUGAAGUGCAUUUCCCUACAUCUGUCCUGGCUGCCAAAGGAGUCAUUGUCAGGCUGGAGUGCUUUGCUCUAGGGAAUCCAGUGCCAACAAUAACAUGGAGGAAGAUAAAUGGCAACAUCCCAAAGAAAGCAAGACUUCGGAAGUCCCAGGCUGUAUUGGAGAUUCCCAAUAUUCAGCUGGAGGACUCGGGAACUUAUGAAUGCAAAGCUGAGAAUCCAAGAGGAGGCACUGCUUUCAAAGGACAUCUGCAGGUCUACACCCUCCCUCAGUGGGUCAGAAUGAUUAAUGAUACUCAGAUGGAUAGUGGAGAGAAGCUCCAGUGGGAGUGCAAGGCCACUGGGAGGCCCCGGCCCACCUAUCGCUGGCUUCGUAAUGGUUUGCCCUUGACACCUCAGGGUCGGCUUGAGAUAGUGAAUGGGGAACUGACCGUUCACAAAGUGCAGCAGACGGACUCAGGAAUGUACCAGUGUGUCGCCGAAAAUAAAUAUGGGGCCAUCUACUCGAAUGCUGAACUCAAGAUUUUAGCGUCAGCACCUGUGUUUGUCCCCAAUCCAGUGCGGGUCAUAGCAACACUUGGAAAAGACGUAUCACUGGAAUGCAAACCGAGAGCAUCGCCCAAACCUCGGAUAACAUGGAAGAGAGGUGACAGGAGGAUACAGCCGAACAAGAGGAUUAUGUUGUUACGGAACAACACUCUGAAAAUUGUUAACUCCAGCCGAGCGGAUGAGGGGAACUAUGUGUGCCGGGCAGAGAAUCAGUUGGGCUCGGCAGAGAUGACUGCCAUACUGUGGGUAAAAGAGGCCAUGCGUGUGGUGCUUAGUCCGAGCAGAGUGGAGGUGACGGUGGGGGAGAGUGUGGUGCUGAGCUGCAAGGCGACGCACGACACGUCGCUGGAUGUGGGCUUCCAGUGGUUCUUCAACCAGAGACCAAUCAACUUCCAGCACGACGGCGGCCACUUCGAAUACAUCCAAACAGUAAGAGCAAGAGUAAGAGCAAAACAGUCUUCAACAGUGGAUCUGAUGAUAAGGAGCAUUUUGUUGAAGCAUGCCGGGAAGUAUGGGUGCAGGGCUCAGACCAGUGCCGACACUGUGUUUGCAGAGGCUGAACUUUUAGUGCGAGGCCCUCCUGGACCCCCUGGAGUGGUGAUAGUGGAGGAGAUCAGAGACACAACGGCCACCCUGUCAUGGACUCGUGGCCUGGACAACCACAGCCCUAUCAGCACCUACAAUUUACAGGCCCGGAGCCCAUUUUCAUUAGGCUGGCAAACUGUCAAAACAGACCCAGACCCAGUGACAGGGGACCUGGAGUCGGCCAUGGCUGUGGAGCUCAACCCCUGGGUGGAGUACGAGUUCAGGGUGGUGGCCAGCAAUGCCAUCGGGACCGGAGAUCCCAGUGCACCUUCGAGAGGAGUUCGGACUAAAGAAGCAGUCCCAUCGGUGGCACCAGCCAACGUUAGUGGAGGGAAUGGCCGCAGGCACGAACUGGUCAUCUCAUGGGAGCCUGUAUCCGAGGAGUUCCAAAACGGUGAGGGCUUUGGGUACAUCGUUGCAUUUCGAGCCAACGGGACCAGAGGCUGGAAGGAGAAGAUGGUGACUUCAGCUGAUUCCACAAUGUACAAAUACAGAGAUGAGACCUUCCCUCCUCUCACCCCGUUUGAAGUGAAGGUUGGCGUCUACAACAAUAAGGGAGACGGACCAUUCAGCAAAGUGGUCAUCAUCCACUCAGCUGAGGGAGAGCCGAGGGAAGCGCCAUCUGAUGUGAAGGCUUACAGCAUUUCUUCAUCAGAAAUUAGGGUGACCUGGAAACCACCUAAUCCUGGCCCUGGAAAACCAAGAGGAUAUGAGGUCAGCUACUGGAAAGACACGGAGCAGGAAGAGUCGGGGAAAAAACAACGGACUGUGAAAAACGAAACAUCCAUGGUCUUGACAGGACUAGAAGGAAACAGUGUGUAUCUCAUCACAGUAAAAGGCUUCAACAGCAUCGGCCAGGGUCCUGCUAGUGCUGCUGUCACAGCCAAGACCAGGAAAGCCCCUCCCGCUCAGUCUCCGACCAACCUCAUGUGGAUUCAGGAGGGCAACAACGUGUCAUUAAGCUGGGACCCGGUGAAGGCAAAAGACAAUGAAUCGGAUGUCAUCGGGUACAUGGUGUUACUCAAACAGGAGGGCAGAGGCCACAACCAGGUGACCAGAACCAUUAACCCGUCCACCAUGCUCUCACUGCCAGAGGGAGGCACUUACAUCAUUGAAGUGCGAGCUCUCAGUGAAGGGGGAGAGGGAGCGGUCAGCUCCCAAGUCCGAGUUGUCACCUCCUCUGGUGUCCGAGCAAAAAGCAACCAGUGCUCGGUGCACUGCCUGCCACAGAGCCUAACAUGGACAUCACUGCUCCUGGUUCUUCUGGUGCCUUCAGCUUCCUGGUGAGGCCACUGUGUCGUCGUCAUGUUCGUGGAAGGGAGCCACCAGUCUUCUGCUCCUUUAUUCCCUCUGACUGCCUGCUUGCUUUGGCCUUACCCAUCCCGAAGGGCCUGAGGCCUGCCGAAGGGGAUUGUGUCUGCCAGUUAACAUGCAGCGCUUCAGAGUCCAUAAUUUUCAGUUCCAUGUUUCAAUCGAGGCCCUGGACGUUUAAGUUGCACAGUUCUUUCCAACAUCACGGUAGUGUUGUACUGUAGUGUACAUUGUGGGGAAAGAUUUGUUUAAUCACUUACUUUAACAUUAUGUGUUCCUCUCGUUGACUGGCAUCUAACCACUUCCAGACGGCUCCUACAGCUCUGGGGCUCUACAGAGCAUGAACAAUUCCUCGAAAGCUGCUGUGGUAGUAAUACAGGGAUCAGCCGGCCUGUUUCUUUUCAUUACUUAUCUGCAUCAAUUUACCCCUUGGCUGCCUAACAAGCAAUGCAGCAGAAGCUCAGUAGAGAUAAGUGCAUUGUUUUCUUAUUCACACAUUGAGGGGGGGGAAAAAAGUUUUUUAUGGAACCAAGAAUCUUACUAUUUCCAGACUUGCUUUUUGUACAUUGUGUUACCUUUAGAGACAAAACAGUGGUGUGUGUCAGCUCUGUCAAACUCUGUUUUUUGGUAGCGAUGCUUGGUAAUACAGUUCGUUGACUGUUGGAUGUAUGGAAGUAGGAAACAGGUACUUACCUGUAGUGCCCAAACACAUCAAUAGACAAAGACAACUCUGUACGGACUCCUGGUGUCAGUACAAAUAAAUGUGAUGUAUAUUUUUUAAA